CACAGUACGCAUUGGUGUUACACGAGCUGUCGUGGAACGAGUGCUUGUGUCCUGGUCAGGUUAAAAGCUCUCAACAAGUGUGCAACAUGAAACAGUCAACCAUCAGAUCGCUAUCGACCUACGUUCUGCUUUUGAUCGGCACAGCGCAUUCCGCACAAGGUACGACUUCAAUCAACUGCCCUGGCAUUGCCUACCUUGGUGAUUCCGCACACAUUACCUGCACUACGUCUGUUCCCUUCACCACUCUUCAAUAUUCGAGGCCAAUCGGAGGUGUGUUCCCGCAAUGUAGUGGUUCCUUAUCACGCUGUGCACCUGUGGCUGGAUAUUAUGCAAGCAAAACCAACAACACUCACACUGACUUUAAGAUACUCAGUGUACAACGAACACAUGCAGGGUCGUGGACAUGUGCUGAUGCAGGAAGCAAUUCUAAAGAAUCCUGUGAUCUUUCUAUUACAAAUGUUCCACGAUGCAACAUCAGAAGUGACAAGAUAACAGACACGCUGGCACUGAGUGAGGACCUAGCACUUACUGUGGACAUUCAUGAGUAUUACUGCUCUGCACAAUACAGCUUCACGCUGUUGGUUGGGGAGAUCAAUGUGCAACUGCAAGUAUCCGAAUCGGUGAACAAACCUACAAACAAAACAGUUACCACAACGUUAAACGUCACAGCUUCAUCUUUAGGAGGUGUUCAACUGUUGUUUCUUUGUUACAACGAACAGCAGAUCUUUUCCUGUGAUGGUAUCAAAUUCAUAAAUGUUCUCCCACGAUGCAUCAUCACAAGUGGCAAAACUUCCAACGCUGUAAAACUGCACGAGGAACUAGACCUUACUGUUGACAUACAGGAUUACUUCUGUUCUGCAUCAUACAACAUCACACUGCAGGUCGGGGAUGUCAGUCACGCCUUGUCUACAUCUCAAAUAGGUACUAGACUAACGAAUAUGUCAGUUAACACCACCUUGAACCUCACAGAUUCAUACUUCGGAGACGUGCGACUCAUCUUUUUCUGUAACGACCAACAACAAGUCUUAACCUGUCAGGGACUUCAAUCUAUCAAAGAUAUCAAUGUUCCUACAACUUUCCCCACAAAAAGCACGGCCAGUACCUCAACACCCUCAACCUCAACACCCUCAAGGUCAACAAUGUCAUAUACUAGAAUUGUUGCAGCAGUUGUAUCCUUUAUUGUGAUUGUAGUCGUCAGUUUGACAGCCGUUGGUUGCUGCUACCGCCACCGAGUGAAACAGUCGCACCAGACCCAUACAUCUGACAAUCAAAGCGACUUGCCGAAUGAAGCUGUAGAAAAUCCUGCCUACAAUAAGUCAACAUUCAAUGAAAACAUACUAUAUUGAAUACAUGUUUUUCACCUUUCCAGGAAGUCACAAUGGGUUAUAUGUUUGCUCACUUAAAAAGAACAUGGAAAACUCUAAUCAAAUCUGGCAGGGGAUGAAUUAUUAAAUAAUAAGAUUAUAAAAGAGUACAUAUCUUAAUGCGUACUAUUUGUUCUCGUGUUUGUUCAGGUUAACACUUGACUUGCCUUUGCAUGUGUUUCAUGUUGCAUGUGUGAGGUGCCACCAGUGUGAUAGGCUAGCCUUACCCUUACGCGAACACCUGGCAUCUUCUGUAUCCGAUAGUAAUUCAUUAACAUAUGGGGGCUGUCGGGUAGCCUAGUGGUUAAAGCGUUCGCUCGUCACGCCGAAGACCCGGGUUCGAAUCCCGACAUGGGUACAAUCUGUGAAGCCCAUUUCUGGUGUCCCCCGCCGUGAUAUUGCUGGAAUAUUGCUAAAAGCGUCGUAAAACCAAACUCUCUCACUCACUCACUCAUUAACAUAUGAUUAAUGUUUAUUCGGAAAGGUACAAUGGACAUUUAUAAUCAUUAUGAAAAGGAUUUGUUGCUUUUGUUUACAGGUUUUGUAAAAAAGCAAUUUAAGUUAAGUUAAAUUAUGAAGGACCAUGAAUCUGUUGAGAUGUCCUGGGUGGAGUUAGCGUUCCCAUUGUUGUAAAUGCAUAAUCAAGUGUAAAGGUUUGAUUUACUGUUCCAAACGUAUAGUAGGUAGUCAUUGGGGACAUGUAACAGUUUUCUGAUGAUAUCAAUUUUGCAUUGAAUAUCUCAAUAAAAACAACAUAUUUGGAAAACCCCGAACGUGUAAUUCGGCGGGAGCUGCAGGAAUAUUGCUCAACAUAGAGGGAAAGUUGACUAUUGGAAAAUUGAAGUCAACUCUCUUGUCAUAUAGUCUUGUGGAUAUAUUUUGUCAUUCUAAAUGAUUAUAUAUAGAGAUCUAAAUAUGAAACAUUUGAAGCCGUCUCACCGGCCUCCUUUAUUUCUAGUUCAGGCGGGUAAAUAAGUGGAACAUUUAUUUUAUAGUUAUUUGACGAUAUCAGAUCAUCGAUAUACCUGAAGCUCAAGUUAAACUUAUUGGUCAAAUUACCUUCUUUUGAAUUUGCCAAUUCGGGCAUACUGAUAUGCAAAAAGAGACAGAUCAGCAAGAAGGUGAGCGUAAUUGAUGGAGGAUGGCAACUUCUUCGCUAAAUGUCUUACCCCUAAUUUCACAUGAAUGUUAUCAAAAAGAAAAUCCAGCAUUUCAUAUAUUGGUUUCUCAGUGAAUUUCUUAUGCCAUUUGCUUUCAUGUGUGACAAAAUUACCUGAACUACCGAAGAUACACAUCUAUAUUUAUGUGUCUCUUGGGCACGCCAGAAACCUAUGGUUCUGGGUUCGAAUCCCGGUUCACCCCGAUUAUGUUUCUAGGUUUGUCAGCACCGUACCCGUGCUCGUUGGUUUCACCGAAGUGGUAAUUGUCUGAG